CUCGCAUACACCUUGAUCACCACUCGCUGCGCUAUGCCAUGGCUUGGGCGCUUGGUGAACUCUGGAGCCUCUCGGAUAAUUGCUGACCUGACUUGACCCUCUCUGCUGGCAUCCUCUCAUCCAACCAAGUCGGUUCCAAUGCCACGACACCAAGCUUCAUCUCGCCGCAAGGCCCCCUUUUCACCUCCCCUCUACGAGGACCAGUGGACAAGCGCCCACGAAGGAAUGUGAUUGAAGGGCCCUCUACGGCUCCGCUGCAACAUGCGAGGAGGUGAGCAAAAAGCAAGAGAAGGAGAGAAAAUGAGCUGGUGUUAGCGGGAACUGCGGUUCCCCCACAGCAUGCCAUGAUUGAAAGCUUCGUUUCAUGUCCUUCAAAGAUCCCUCUUCCGCUGGCCAGGCCUCUCGACCUCUUUCUCUCCAAGGAAGAGUGAUAGUUUGUCGGGCUGCAGCUGCAGCUUUGGAAGCAUCACGCCUUCCUUGUUUUCCCCCCUUCUCUGUCUCCGACCUUGGUUCCUGGUUUCUGUUCGUGAUUGAUGCUGGCAUCGUCAACAUCCCCGUUAAUUGUCAAGGCCUAAUCGUGCAAACGACCCCUCGCAACACCGUGUGUUGAGACGUCGUCUUGAUCAUCGCCAACAUGAGGUCGAAGGUCGCGCCGGAGGACUCGCUGGAGCCAACAUGCCAUCUCGAGUUCUUCGAUUGUUUCUUUGCGAGGAACGACGAGAAAGAGUUGGAGAAACAGCCACUUCCAUCUGGUGUCGAGCGAGAAAUGCGCAUCAUGUAUCAACAACCUCACCUGGUCCCGCCCAUGAAGCUCACCUUAUUCGAUGGGCUCCCUCCGACUCCUACACCACCGCUCCCUUCACAGCUAUCACAAUGGGUUUCUCAAGGCAAAGCCUCCCUCAGAUCGAGCUUGUCAAUACGGAGACACGCCUCAAAACCCAUCAUCUCUGGUCCUCAGCCACCAUUACCUUUGGCGCAACAGCUUCCUCUCCGACGAGCAGCACAGGAGUUUCGGCCGCUUGAGCUCAGCAUCUACAUGCCUAACAAUCGACUAUCAGACUUGCCAGCUUUUGAUAGACUGAGUUUCACUGACGGUGGCAAUAUCAAGCUUCCGCCUCGAGCAGUGGUGCGAACAAAGUCAGAGGAAUUCCUUCCGCACAAGGUUUCUCUAUUGCCUGCUCCUGUAAAGCCCGCCUCGAUGAUUGAGCAGCGCCGCAUGUCCCAUGUACGGCCCGACACCUCGUCGACUGUCAUAUCGAUGUCUCGACCGCCUUCGGAGUACGAUGCUCUCCAUUCCCACCCUGUGUCGUGGUCGUCUUUCCCCGGCCUACCUCCACAAAUACAUUUUCCUGGUGUUCGCUCUGAAGCAUCUGUGGCCGUCCUGACCCCGAUGCAAGAGGAGUUUAGCCCUCCUACGACCUCUGUCACCAUCGGGGAUACUGUGCUCAACUUCCCCCGGGUCGUCGAGAAUCCAGCAGAGCAACAUGACCGUGUGCCCCCCGAAGCUCCAGCUCCGCCUCCGAUAGUGCCUUCAGCACCUGCCAGGAACUUCUCCAAACCAGCCGAUAUGAACUCGCCUACGGGCUACUUCCAUCCCAACUAUCAGACGCAGAAGCGAAUUUCUCAAUGGCUCGCGCACCGCAGUCAUUCUUCGUCAAUCAGCACCACCAAAUCAUCGUCGACAUCGUCCUCGUUCGCAGAACACCGCCGUAAGAGAACUCAAUUCUACCAACUCUCCGCUCCAGCAGUAGCCCCACCCAAACCGUUGAAUCUCUGGCCACGCCAACAUCACCGGACAAUGACAGAGUCCACCGUCGCCAGCACCAUUGACACUGACAUUCUCUCCUAUGGCACCCAAAGUCAGACUGACGCGACAAGUGUCAUCACUACGACAGCCGGGGAAUGGCAAGGUCGAAGUGGCACCGUGAAGAGUGUCUCCAAGGGAGGCGGGACAUUGAGACCCAUUGUCAGCGGUGUUCCAGAUGUCCCGCCGUGCUACGCGGAGAUCAUCAAGGAUGCCGACGAGAUCAUGAUCAAAGAAAUAGGUGGACCCUUGAGAAGUCCAGGUGUGGGGGUGGCUUUCUGAGGUUGGAAAGAAAGCAUGCCUGCAGUUGCAGCAAUUUUCCUUUGUCUUACCGAUAUCUUCCAUCAGAAGGUUAUCUUUCACUUCUCCUGCGCUCCUACCUCCGUCGCCUUUGGAGCAGCCAGGAUUGAGGAGCUUUUUGAUGCCAAAAGUUGGAGGAUCCGUUCGUUUUCUUCUUGGCUCAGGCAUUUGGACCUUCGAGACACUCAUUGACUUAUUUUGAGAUACCCCCGGUGAAUUUGGUUCGUUUCGACAUUGGGAUGGAAAUUCGGAGGAAAAUAGACAUGGAAGAAGAGGAGCUAGCCUUCAAAGAGAAGGACGACCAUCCUCCGAACCGAGGACAUUACCUACUAAUAUGUCGCCUUGGUCAGGCUGGACGUGAGCUUGGGGAUUAUAGGCUCUUAAAGAGAUGAGAAUUGGCAGGCUGCGGGUGGCAGGUGUGAACCUUGUAUAUACAUUCUAGAACAAAAACUCCAUACCAUUAAUUGACAAUUUGCGGUACAGAACCGAUCCAG